UGGUUCUAGUUAAUCUUCACCUCACUGACGCUACAUGACACAAUCAGCACUCAAAGGUCGGACUCGAAAAAGAAAGCACUUCGUCAUUGAAAAGCAAACCUGGCAGUACUAGAAGAGAAACAAUAUAAAGGAUUACCAUGGUUGCCAUUACAGAGUUUCAGAAGAUUGGAAUUGGUCUGGUGGGGUUUGGCUUAUUUUUUCUGCUCUUUGGUGUGUUGCUGUACUUUGAUUCUGUUUUGCUAGCCUUUGGGAAUAUUUUGUUUUUGACAGGUUUAACAUUCAUCAUCGGCUUCAGGAAGACAUCUCACUUCUUCUUCCAAAGACAUAAGUUCCGAGGCUCGUUCUUCUUCCUGGGAGGUGUGUCGCUGGUGCUGUGCCGUUGGCCAAUUAUUGGUAUGCUGGUGGAGUGUUACGGCUUCAUCCUUUUAUUCAGAUCUUUCUUUCCAAUGGCCUUGGGAUUUGUGCUGUCACUGGUAAACAUCCCAUUCCUUAAUGAUUUUUUACAGAGUGGCUCCAGCAUGGUCUGAGAGCACAUUUCCACACUGGGAAGAAUUAUACAAGCCUGAUGGACAGUUGUUCAGAUACUGGAGAAGAUACUUCCAACCAAGUG